CACGGCUAGAGGUCGGCUGGUUCGCAACUUUUGUACGCGGUGGUGGUGCGGGUAGUAUCCGCGACAAGAGCGAGAUAAGACUUCGUCGGUCGAGUCGAACGGUCGGCCGAUCGCGAAUGAUUUGUCAAAGAUAGUGGUGGCGUGCGCGAGCACCCACCGUCAGCAGGACAGAGCAGUAGAGAGGGUUGAGGAUCGGCCGACGGUAGUGAUCUCGGUCGAGAGAGAAAGAGAGAGAGAGAAAGAGAAAGAGAUAGAGUGAGCGAGUGAAUCGACGUGAACCUUGCCACGCUCGCGAACCGGGGGAAGCUCGGUAGUGGCGAUCUUGGCGGUGGUGAAUUUUUAAUAACGGUGUCGUGACGCGCCCGCACCGUCCCGAGGACGAUCGUCGUCGUCCGCGGGGAGAGCGUGCGGAGGCGGUUCUUUUUUCUCUCUUCAUGACGUGAGCCGACGCGUCGGGGACCUCAUCGAAGCGCGAGACGGAACGAGCGACGUGAGAGGUGGCCGACAACAACACGCGCCUCCCGUGCAACGAGCAGGAGCAUCGGCUGACGAAAAAACGACGACGGAGCUCGCAGGCACCCGUACAUACACGCGUGUGCGUCACCGCCCAUAUGUGAUGUGUCCCGUGCGUGAGAGCGAAUGAGUAAUCAUGUACUGUCAAGACAAGAGUUCGACCGCCUCCAAGAGCAAAGAGGGGCCUGUGACAAUGCGGGAGAAAAAAGGCGGUGCUCUCAGCAGAGUACAAAAAUUGAAAAAGCGCCUCAGUCAUAGUUUUGGACGACUUUCUAUAUCAAAAGAAGAAGCUGAUGAUGCAGCAACCAGAGGCCAAUUGCCAUACAAUGGCUAUUCUGAGGAGUUCCUAGACCGCUUGGAGCCAAAUGGCAACAUACCUGUGGAUAAAGAUCGUCGUUAUGAAUGGACAGGUGUGGGCGACCAUGAGAGAGUGCAUCGGCAGCUUUCGGUUUCUAGCGAUUCCAAGCUUCUUGAUGAAGAUAUUCGGGAAGAAGCUAGGGUAAUCCUGCGGCCCCGACGUCCACCACGGCCCAAAUCUGAAGUUUUUCUCGGCCCGGAUCCACCUAGAAGAACUAAAAGAUUCUCCGCCUUUGGGGGAGAUUCGCCGUUCGGUAAAUCCGAGGCUUAUAUAAAACUGGAGCAAUUGGGAGAGGGAUCAUAUGCCACAGUGUUCAAAGGCUACAGCCACCUCACUAAUCAGGUAGUGGCUCUUAAAGAAAUUAGACUGCAAGAAGAGGAGGGAGCUCCGUUUACUGCCAUUCGCGAGGCAAGUCUCCUCAAAGAGUUGAAACAUAGCAAUAUCGUGACCUUACACGAUAUUAUUCAUACUCGCGAGACGCUCACCUUCGUAUUCGAAUACGUUCACACCGAUUUGUCGCAAUACAUGGAGAGGUAUGGAAGCGGUAAUGGAGGAUUAGACCCGCGUAAUGUUAAAUUGUUUCUUUUUCAAUUAUUGAGAGGAUUGGCGUACUGUCAUCGCAGGAGAGUCCUGCAUAGAGAUGUAAAGCCACAGAAUUUAUUAAUCAGCGAGAUAGGAGAGCUUAAAUUGGCAGACUUUGGGUUAGCGAGAGCAAAAUCUGUGCCAUCGCAUACAUACUCACACGAGGUCGUGACCUUAUGGUAUAGGCCGCCCGACGUUCUUUUAGGCUCCACAGAAUACUCCACUUCCCUCGACAUGUGGGGAGUAGGUUGCAUAUUUGUGGAAAUGUUAACCGGCGAACCGACAUUCCCAGGUGUACGCUGUACGUACGACCAACUCGAUAAGAUAUUUAAAGUGUUGGGCACACCUACCGAGGAGACUUGGCCGGGUGUCACGCAUUUGCCUGGGUAUAAGGCACAUAGACUGUUAUUUUAUCCACCGCGGAAACUGGGACUCUCGUUUCCCCGGCUCUAUGACAUCGCCGAGGGAGAUAGUAUGGCGUCAUCGCUCCUGCAAUUAAAUCCCGAUCAACGGAUAGGAGCGGAAGAAGCGUUAGCACAUCCCUAUUUCGCUUCUCUUCCUAGGAAAUUAUACGAAUUACCUGAUGAAGUGUCGAUAUUCAGCGUAGAAGGUUGUCACUUGUAUACAAACUCGAGGCAUGGGUGCGCGGAUUCGCGUCACACGACUCUUAAGACUUGAGGUUAAAGCAAACAUUAAGUAAAUUAUAAGUAAAUUCGCAAUUUACACAUUAAGUGAAACGUUCAUUCGUAUGAGAGAUCCACAUGUUCAGAUACACAUACACAAUACACACACAGGCGCACAUGCAUUAUUCCUACAAGCGUGUUGUUCGCUCUCUCUCAGGGCUGCUCCAUGAUUUUUCUCCUUAUUUUUCGCAUACAUAAUAACAAUAUUUUUUUCUCCUUUCCAAUUUUUUUGUUCUCGAGAAUAUAUACGUAUCGAGUUAAUUAAUGACGAUAAGUGGUCACACAAGGAAACAAGAAAGUAAAGCAUACGGCUAAAAGUUAAAAAAAAAAAGACUUAUAAGGACUUGCGCACGCUCGAUUUAGAAAGCAAAAGCACGCACGACCCAUCCUCGCACUUCGUCCAAAUACUAGAUUUAGAUCAAUACCAAUCAAAAAGAAAGGAAAAAAAAGAUACCAUAUCGCCGCCCUACGUCCCCCCGGAAUCCCAGCCCAAGCCAAAUAGGGCGGGCGGUCGCUGGUUAGCAAAACUAUUACGAAGUAAUUAAUUACUUAUCUUAGAAAAAUUAUGGAAGACCUGUAGCACUCUAUAUAAAACAAACUUUACUACUGCUGCUUUCGAGCAUACGAUGUUGGUCGCUAAGACAAUUGAGAAUAUUGAUAGGUAAAAUAGAGAAUCGUUGUUCGAUUUAAAAAAUUAAUUAUUAAUUAGAUGUGAUGAUAGCAAAUAAGAAAUAGGAAGCUUAGGAAAGAUGGCGAGUCAGUAUUAGUCAAGUGCCGUAGUUGCCAACAUCGCGAGUUGCAGCGAAAGAAACUAACUGAACGCUCAUCGUCGAUAGUACCGAUGGUAGUGAUUUAGACAUAAGUGAUUAGCUUUAGAUCGUAUUUAAUAUCAAUCGAAGUUUAUCGACAAUGUCGCAACGUAGCAUAAAUAAUGAUAGCGAUUCAAGAGAAAGAGAGUUACGAUGGUAGCGAUUUUAGACUUGUCGAAAUUUCAUUUAUUCAAAUCGCUAAUUAUUAUCAACUUUAGCCAAAUGGUGCUCGAAUUGUAAAACUGACGUGUUUAGUCAAUCUCAUACUCGUACUGACGUAAUUAUUUAACGAGUAUCCGUUCGAUUUUCUAAAAACUAUCGAAUAUAAAGUAGCGUUGGCAAUAGUAGAAAUAGGAAAACGUAAGGGAAAAAAACGGCGUUACAGUUCUUCCAAAUUUUGUCUAAGCUACAAGUGACGAUUAUUGCGCGGUAAUAUUACUCCUUUUCGUAGGUUACAUUUAUACCGAUUUUUCAGCACACUUAUUAAAAAUAUAAAUAUAUAUAUCAACGAGGUGAAAGUAAAAGAGAGAAAAAAUUUCGAAAAGAUUUGAGAGACGCUAUUACACACUAUUACUACCGAUAUUAUUGCGUUUAUUUCGGUAGAUUGUAUAUAGAAUUAUCAAAUUCAUAUUAUAUAUAUAUAUAUAUAUAUAUAUAUAUAUAUAUAUAUAUAUAUAAAAUAUAUAUAUCGAUGAUGCUGAGAUAGCUGAAUCGAGAUAAUAAAUGUGACUUUGUAAUAAAUUCAGACGUAUGGUACACUCUAAAUCCUGUUUAUUCUUAACUCGGCAGUGGUAAUACAGGGCUAAGACGCGAAAUAACUCACAACUCAUAUUUCAAAUAACAAUGAGCUACUUUCUGAACUAAAUCUUCAAAUAGUUUUUAAAAAAUUAUUUAUAAAAAAUACGCUUAAAGAUUUAUUUUUACAUAUUAUGGAAAAAGAAUAUUAUAGCAUUGAAUAAAGCAAGUUGAUCGCUCUGAGAACGUUUAAUGGUCACAAAUUCUAUUUUGGGUUACUAGGAGUAUUUGAGUUAUUAGAUUAAUCAAUAAAAUUACUUCGAAUAAGUAUUUGAUUAAUCAAAGCAAAGAAUCUUAUGCUUUAAAGCCAAAAUAACUUAAUAAAAUUAAAUAGGAUGUUCUUUGUAAUAUUUAUAUUAUUAAUGUAUUAAUCAGAUUCUCAAAAUCCAUUUCUGGUCGAACAUAUGUUUAUGGCAAAGUGAUCAAACCUGCUUCAUUCAAAAACACUAUUAAUAAGUUAUAUAAUAAAUGACAUCCUAUAGAUAUACACAUACACACACACACAACGAAAAAAACAUUUAAACUUGAAAAUGUUACAAUACUUUUAGUGUGUGCACAUGGUAUAGGACAAAAAUGAUUUUAUUGACCGUAAUAACAUAAUUUUUAUUUUAGUUUUUCUUUUUAUUAUUAUAUCAAAAAAGAAUUUUUCAUAAUUAAAUAAAUUGCAGUGUCAAUAAAACUCAUUAUUUUGGUGAUUAUCUUUAACACUUUAUAAAGUAUACGUAAUAUAAAGUUAAAUUAUUUAGAUAUUUAAGAUUGCGUUUUUUUAUUCUAUCAUUUCGUGAAGAACGAGCAUUUAUAGUAUAUAUUAGAUAGAAUGAUAUAAUAUGAAUAAGUAUUAUAUAGUCUUUCUAUUUACGGGAUUCCCAUAAAUCGUUGAUUGUAUUUUUUUUUAAAGUGGUGCUAAAGUUUUUUUACUCUAAUACGAAAUUUGUUUUUGCAAUCAUAUUCUAUCGGCUCUUGUUUUUAAAAAGACAUUUUUAAAUGUUUAAAUGUGUAUAUAUUUACUCAUGUAAACACGAGUUGGUUUACAUUGAUUUUAAUAAAUGUAAAGUGAACAAAAAAGAAAUUGAAGAUAAAUUUAAAUAUUUUUUAAAUUAAAUAUAUUGAUUCUAAACUAUUUAAAUAAUCUAUUUUUUUAUACCAAAAUGUGAAAAAUAUAUGUAUACUUUAAGAACAAUCAUAUUUCAAAUGCAGGAUAUAAACUCUCAGAUUGGUUUUUAAAAUAACAAGAAAAUUGAUUUUGUCUCAUGAAUAUUAAUGAUUCACAUAUUUUUUAUAUAUAAUAUCUUAACCCUUUAUAUAUAUACACACGCACACGUUUUAUAUGUUACAUCUAAUUCUGAAAUAUAAUAUGGAGAUCUAUAAAUAUGAUCUCAUAUUUGAUGCAUUUAUUAAUCUUGUAUUAAGAAAAAUAUUUUUACCACGUUAUCAAUAAUAAACAAAUUCUGACGUCUCCUACCACUGUCGAGUUAAGCAUUCACCAUACACGAGAUUUCGUUUAGUUUAAAAAGAAAUUAUAACACGAAAAUUCUCUUGUAUAAUUAUAUGACAUGUACUUAUGUUGGCUCUAAGUGUAUCGAUUUUGUACGUGCAUUUUUUUUCUUCCAUUUAAUUAUAUAUUUUAUUUUGUAAUUUUUUUUUAUAAGGAAUCGCGCGAAUAUAUAUCAAAGCCGCUGCGGAAUUGUGUAACGAAAAAGAUACAAAAAAAGGGAAUUAUGUUUUCACAUAUACAUCUUUUGCGUUCGAAAAUGGACACUUCGCGUCAUUGCGAGGACAUGUGUUUUAUUACACACGUGUCCGACGUUUAGACCGAUUGAUCAAUUCCGGAUUUAUCCGGAAACAUCAAGUUGAACGUAUUGUGCCUGUGCUACAAAUAUUUGAAAUAAUAAAGAUACAACUCGCUAUUA